GGAGCGGCCAUCGCGAUUCCUGUUGCAAUCGCCAUCGCUGCUGUUAGCGCCGCCAAAGCCAGGUGUCAGCCAUGUCGCUGAUCGCGAAUGAAGAUUUUCAGCACAUUCUUCGUGUGUUGAAUACCAACGCCGAUGGCAGGCAGAAGAACAUGUACGCCUUGACCUCGAUCAAGGGUGUGGGGCGGCGGUUUGCCAAUCUUGUGUGCAAGAAGGCCGACGUGGACAUGAGUAAGAGAGCGGGCGAACUGACUGCUGCGGAGCUGGAGAAUCUUAUGGUGAUCGUGGCCAACCCAAGGCAGUUCAAGAUCCCGGACUGGUUUCUGAAUCGCAAGAACGAUUACAAGGAUGGGAGGUACUCGCAGGAAGUGGACAAUGCUUUGGACAUGAAGCUGCGUGAUGACUUGGAAUGACUCAAGAAGAUCAGGAACCAUCGCGGUCUUCGUCACUACUGGGGUCUCCGUUUUCGCGGACAACA